AAGAGUACUAACCAUUGAUGCCUCCGAAUUGUUGCAAAAUCCGCAGAUUCGCCGGAGUGUGCCGCCGGUACGCGCAAAGCAUAGAUUCGAGUGGCGAGUCCAUAGCGAAGACGCACGCACCGCUUGAAUGAUUCAUAUUUAAGGGCAUAUAUGCCUCGAAUGAGGUAACCGUUUCUCGCCGUUUUGCGAAUUUCAUUAAAGCAACAGAAACAGAUCGAGAAAGAGGAGUUACUUUUUAACCGGCUAGCCCUGACUCGUACCUAUGAGUUGGGGGCCAUGGAGCCCCUGGAGGCGCCCGAAUUGCUGACCAUCGAGUGGGAGAUGAUGGAUAAAAGUCGCUUUAUCAGUUUCACAACCAUCAAUUCACUCGCGUUACGUUCGCUGGUAUAUCCGUUUACUGUUGUCAAGACACGAUUACAGGUGCCGCGUUUCAAGGCGUCUUGCGUCAAGGUGCAGUCGGCAUACAAUUACACAGGGACGUGUGAUGCCCUCCGGCAGAUAGUGCGCUAUGAGGGCUUUCGCACGCUAUACAAGGGCUUUAUGAUCAACUCGAUGUCCAGCGUGUCGAGCAUGGCAUAUAUCAUCACUUACGAAAAAAUCCGCGACUGUUUAUCGAGGCGUGGUGUAACGGAUUCGUCCCUAAAAGGAUUCGUUGGCGGUGGAAUUAGUUCGUUAGUAGGUCAGACAUUUGUCACGCCGUUCGACGUUGUCUCGCAGCACAUUAUGGUCCUAGGUCGAAACAGUAUCAAUCCUCUUGGUUUGCCGCCUACUGUCCUUCAAAGUAAAUUUCAAACGUUGAAACGUAUCAUUAAAGAGGUGUACCGACACGACGGAAUCGCUGGUUUUUAUCGAGGGUAUUUUGCUUCGCUGGUCACUUAUGUCCCAGGUAGCGCUUUUUGGUGGACAUUUUACCCAAUGUACCAGGAGGCGAUAUUACCCGUUCUACCAAAUUGGACCCCACUCGUAGUUGUGCAAUGUCUAGCCGGGCCGUUAAGCGGUGUGACAACCUGUGUGAUUACAAAUCCAUUGGAUAUCAUCCGGGCGCGAAUUCAGGUGCAGAGACUGAAUUCGUGGACGACCGCAAUGCGGCACGUUUGGCGAUUGGAAAAGUUUCGCAUCUUUACAAUUGGCCUCUCGGCCCGCAUGGUACAGAGCUCGAUUACCUCGUUCCUGUUAGUUCUCGGUUACGAGACGCUCAAGCGUUACUCCGUUAGCGAAGAGUACAAAAGUCAGAUCCGAUGGUAGCACCUUAUUUAAGCUCAACGAACAAUACAUUCAAAUUAUAAUAUACAUAUGUAAAUUGAAAAGCUGAAAAAGAACAAUAAGCAUUGAGAGUACGCCUUAAAGGGAGAAACGACGCAAGGACUGCCAUUCUGUCCAAUAUAGAUACUGUUAUUUUAGUUUUAAUGAAGUAAAUGUGUGAAAAUAAGUGCGAUUUCAAACGCACAUCAUGGGUGAGGACUCGUGCAAUUUUCCAAACGAAAUAUAUUCAUGUAUAUUAUAUAUGUAAAAUAAUAUUAUAUGAUGAGUUAUUAGAUGUUGUUGGCUUUAUCGUUAUAAAUGCUGUAGCUUCUAUUGUGGAAACAAAGUUUAUGUAAGAAUGCCGUCAUGCUAUUGGAACAUCAUGGCAAUUUACAUGAAAUAAAUAAU